AUGGACGUGGACGUGGACAUGGACAUGGACGUGGACGGGGACGUGGACGUGGACGUGGACGUGGACGAGGACGCGGACGCGGACGCGGACGCGGACGCGGACGUGGACGCGGACGUGGACGCGGACGUGGACGCGGACAUGGACGUGGACGUGGACAUGGACGUGGAUGUGGACGUAAGGAGUGCAAAUGACAUGGACGUGGUCGUGGACGUGGACGUGGACAUGGAUAUGGACAUGGACGUGGACAUGGACGUGGACGUGGACAUGGACGUUGACGUGGACAUGGACGUGGACAUGGACGUGGACGUGGACAUGGACGUGGACGUGGACGUGGACGUGGACAUGGACGUAGACGUGGACGUGGACGUGGACGUGGACGUGGACGUGGUCGUGGACGUGGACGUGGACGUGGACGUGGACGUGGACGUGGAAUUGGACGAGGACGUGCACGUGGACGAAGACAUGGUCGUGGACGUGGACGUGGACGUAGACAUGGACGUAGACGUGGACGUGGACGUGGACAUGGACGUGGACCUGGUCGUGGACGUGGACGUGGAGGAACAUGGACGUGGACGUGGACAUGGACAUGGACGUGGACGUGGACGUGGACGUGGACGUGGACGUUGA